AUGCCAGAGUCAAACUCGGAACUAUCACUGUUCAACAGAUCUCAAUUGCUCCGGACAGGAGUGCGUAAUAAAAGCUUCAUUAGAAAGUUGAAGACUGCGCUCAAUGGGCUAAAGCCCAACAUCAUUAUCUUGACAGAAACCAGAUGCGAGGAUGCAACCAGUUUCAAUCAACUGAACACGUUGGGUUUCGAUGGCUUCUCUGCUUCUACUAGUGUCGGAAAAUCGGGAGGAUUAUUAGUUGCCUGGCGUUCUAAUUAUUUGAGAAUGUCGGUAUUAAGGACUGAUCGGCAGCUGCUCCGCCUUCGUUGUCUAUUGGAAGGGAAAGCUCAGCUGCUGUUAACCGCGGCUUAUGCUAGGGCCGAUGGAAACGAUUCCACUAGACUUGAGCCCAUAAAAAUCCAAAAUCCACCCCGCCACCAUAAUUGCCGGAUUGAUCGCAGUAGCGUUCGUUUUAUACUAUGCGUUGAGGAGGAUCCUCGAAAGCCUCCAGAAGCUGCCGGCGGGUGGCCUCUGAUUGGUCAUCUUCCCAUCUUUGGUGCUUCUGGGCAGCCUCACGUGACCUUGGGAGAUUUGGCUGAUAAGUAUGGACCAAUUUUUGGCAUCCGACUCGGGAUCCGCAAAGCCGUCGUGGUGAGCAGUUGGGAGGUAGCCAAGGAAUGCUUCACCACCCAUGACGUCAUCGUCUCUUCUCGUCCCAAGUUCACAGCUGCUAAAAUCCUUGGAUACGACUAUGCUAGCUUUGGCUUCUCCCCUUACGGUUCUUUCUGGCGCGAAAUGCGUAAGAUCACGGCUUCCGAGUUACUCUCCACUCGCCGAUGCGAAAUUUUUGGACAUAUCCGAGAUGCCGAGGUACAUAGCUCGUUGAAAGAGAUAUACAAAUUCUGGGCCAAUAAAAGAGACGACUCCGGCACUGUUCCGAUGGAGAUGAAGCGAUGGUUUGGAGACACGAAUCUGAACGUGAUUCUGAGAAUGAUCACCGGAAAGAGGUACUCCGGGGAAGACGUAGACGAGGAAGAGGUGAGGCGGUGGCUGGAUGUGUUCAGGGAGUUCUUCCGCUUGAUGGGACUUGUCGUGCUGGGAGACGCACUUCCAUUUCUAGGGUGGCUUGAUUUCGGUGGUUACGUAAAGGAGAUGAAAAAAACGGCCAAAGAAAUGGACAAGAUUAUGUGUCAAUGGUUGGAGGAAAAUCGUCAGAAGAGAGCCUCGGGUGUGCUUAAAACAGAGCAGGACUUCAUCGAUGUCAUGUUGUCCGUGGUUCACCGCGCUGAUCUCGGUGGCUAUGAUGCUGAUACUGUCAUCAAAGCAACCUGCUCGAUAAUAAUGGCAGGGGCAACAGAUACCACCGCAGUCACCCUGAUAUGGGGACUCUCUUUAUUACUGAAUCAUCGCGAUGUGCUGAAGAAAGUCCAGGAUGAGUUAGACGCGAAGGUGGGAAAGGAUAGGCUGGUGAGCGAAACAGAUAUAAACAAAUUAGAGUAUCUUCAAGCAGUAGUAAAAGAGACGCUCCGAUUAUACCCGGCGGGGCCACUGUCGGGUCCACGCGAAUUCACGGAAGACUGCACUUUAGGGGGGUACCAUAUAGAAGCAGGCACACGCUUGAUGUUGAACUUAUGGAAGUUGCAGAGAGACCAAAGGGUUUGGUCUGAGGCAUCGGAGUUUAGACCAGAACGGUUUAUGGGGACGCACAAGGAGGUUGACGUGAAAGGUCACCAUUUUGAGCUCAUUCCGUUUGGGGCAGGAAGAAGGGCAUGUCCUGGCAUCGCAUUUGGGCUCCAAAUGACACUCCUUACCCUCGCCGGUCUUUUACAAGCAUUUGAUGUCACCACACCUUCCGAUGCGGCGGUUGAUAUGUCCGCCACCUUCGGACUUAGUCCCAUGAAAACCGGACCGCUUCAGGUUUUAAUCUCACCUCGCUUGUCACCUUCUCUUUUCCACUGAACUUCCUCGUGCUUCCCAAGGCCGUGGGUCCACUAUAGUGUAAUAUACUGUGUGUUCGAUUGCCCGCUAAAGUUGAAAAAUCAAAAUGUAUGGGUUGGGGGUGUGUGUGUUAUGUAUUUGUGUGAGUGGUGGUUUCUACGUCAUGUAAGAUUAUAUGAAGCAACUGCCUUUCUACCUUUGCUUAAUAUUUAACUAAAUUAAACAC